AAAAGAACGAGAAAGAGAGAGAAAAGAGUAAUGAAACACACGAAGGCGCUGGCUUAAGCAUCAAAUCAGGCAACAUGUUGAUAAAUGUUGUUAAAGACAUGUUGCCAUCGUUUGAUGGGAAGAGCCCUGUAAACAUUUGGGUUGCGCAACUGAAGUCUGUGGCCGCUGUUUAUGAACUCGACGACAACAUGUUGCGAAUGCUGCUAAUGGCGAAGCUGAGAGAUGGCGCUCAAAUGUGGCUGCAUGGUAACACAAAACACCUGACCAUGCCCAUGAACGAGCUGCUGGAACUAAUGUUGACGACUUUCUCGGUAAAGGAAAACAAGAUGGCCCUGCGUCGAAAGUUCGAAACGCGCAAGUGGAAGACAGGUGAAGAAUUUCUUGAGUAUUUCAACGAAAAAAUGCUGCUAGCUUCGCUUAUCAGCAUCGAUGAGGAUGAAUUAACAGAGACUAUAAUAGAAGGGAUACCGGAUGAACAACUACGGCGCCAAGCCCAAAUGCAGGGUUUUGCACAGGCAUCACAAGUCCUACAUGCAUUUAAGACCAUAAAGCUGUCGGGAAACAAGCCGGAACGUUGGAUCAAGACUGCAGAACAGAAAUCUGGUACAAUGGCGGUGCGCUGCUUCAACUGCAAUUCACUGGGCCAUUUUGCUUCGGAGUGCCUGAAGACAAAGCGGGAGCGCGGAGCCUGCUAUGGAUGUGGAAGUAUGGACCACCAGAUCUCCCAUUGCACAGAAAAUAAACGUGCAAGUCAUGAAUAUAAUGUCUCAUCGAUUCGGGGAGCCCAAUAAGCUUUGUGAAAAUUUCGUGCCUGGAAAGGAGUAUUGACAAUGAAGUUUAUAAAUGUAAUUUUGAAAAAUUGUUAAAACGUUGUUUUGGUCCACAAAUAGAUGAAGGACAUGUUUAUUUUGGUUUA